UAAAGCCUGGGAGGACUGUCAUUUUUCAAGGAAUAACUUGGACUCCAAUCAAACAUGGCCAGAGACGUCAGUCCUCUGAGUCUCCAGCCUUUGUCUGUGAGGAACCAACAAUGGGUUGGAGCCUCUUUGGGUUUUGUUCUGCCUUUCUUCCCCCUACGUUCUCUAAUUUUCUGCUACUUCCUGUCUUGCGCAGCUGCAGCAGGCAGUUUGCCUGGUAUAGAAUAUAGCUAUGGCAUUAGUCCCAAAUUUGUUUGCACCCCAAUUCCCCCAGACGCAGAUCCCAGCUGCUAUUCCCCACCCAGUGUGCCCCAUGGACCCAGCAGUAACGGCCAUAGUAACGGUCACAAUGGCAGCAACCGGCGAGGCAUGAUGUCUGACGAGGCCAAAGCCACCAUCUUACAUCUGCGAGAAAGCCUUGUGAGGCAGAAGGAGACCAUCCUGGACCAGCGGGAGACCAUCAGGGAGCUGACUGCCAAGCUCACCUUGUGCGAAGGCUUUGGUGGGCACCAUAGUAUUGGUAAUCAUGAUAACCACCAUGACAACCAUCACGAUACUCAUCACGAGAACCAUCAUGAUACCCAUCAUGAAAAUCAUCAUGACAACAACCACGAUGACCACCACGGCCAUCACGGCAGCCACCACGCAUCAUCAUCGCCACACCAUGGCCCUUCAGCAUAUCACAGCAAUGAUCACCACUACUCCCACGGUAACCACAGACCAGACACCCACCACAGGAAGGGAUCGUCAUACAGCAAACACAACUCCUUCUCUCCCGAGCAGACGGGCAAAACCCUGCAGACAUUGAAGGAGAGGCUGGAGAACCUGCAGGCGAGGAACUCUUCCAGCUCCUACUCCAGCUCCCUAAGAGAACUCCUCCAGCGGAAAAUCAACGCCCUGGAGGAGCAGCUGCACAGCUACUACCGAGAUCACCAUGACUACGGCCACCAUAAAGACCAUCACGGUGAUCACCACGACGAUCACCAUGACGACCACCGCAGUAGCAGCAACUACGAUGACCAUCAUGAUGAUCAUCAUGAUGAUAACCAUGGCAACAGCCAUCAUGACACCCGCCAUGAUGACCACCAUGGUACUGGUCACCAUGAUAACCACCAUGACAGCCAUCGCAACAACCACCACAGUAGCCACCGGUACAACCAUCACAGUGGUCACCACAGUCGCCAUCAAAGUCACCACUAUGACCACCAUUAUGACCGGCACCAUGGCCGGCAUCGCGGUCACUAUGACGACCAUCACAGCGACCACCACGAUGACCAUCACAACGACCACCACGAUGAGCAUCACAACGACCACCACGACACUGAUCACCAAGACAUUCACCACGAACUUGGCCACCACGAUGACCACCACGAUGAUCACCAUGAUGACAAGCACCACAGCACCGACCACCAUGAAAGCCACCACGGCAGCGAUCAUCACCCACGGCGACUGCCUUUCAACAGCAAAGAGCCGAGUGCCCGAGGCACCGCGCACAACAAACUGGAAACAGUGCUUAGCCAACUGCACCAUGGCAACAAUGACCACGGAGACCACAAGAAGCUAAAAAGUCCCAGUGCUUUCCUGCUCGACUUCCCCAUGAGGACCAACUACAUGUAUGGCAGGAUGAAGCGGCCGGUGGUCAAAGAGAUCUUUGCCCUGACCAUCUGCCUGUGGCUGAAGGCAGGGGCAGGUCCAGGCCUCGGCACUCCCUUCUCCUACGCAGUACCAGGGCAAGCCAAUGAGCUGGUGCUUGUCGAAUGGGGCAGUAACCCCAUGGAGCUGCUAAUCAACGACAAGGCGGUGACAUUGCCCAUAACUAUGACAGACGGGAAAUGGCAUCACGUGUGUGUGACGUGGUCGACACGUGAUGGCGUCUGGGAGGCCUACCAGGAUGGGGUGAAGAAAGGCUCGGGGCAAAACCUGUCACCCUGGCACUCCAUCAAACCAGGGGGGAUUUUCAUCCUGGGGCAGGAGCAGGACACAAUGGGUGGCCGCUUCGACGUCACUCAGUCCUUCAUGGGGGAGCUGUCAGAUCUUCAGUUCUGGUCCAGAGUCCUGACACCAAACGAGAUCUACAGCCAGGCGACCUGCGCGGGCCACCUCGUCGGUGACAUCAUGUCCUGGUCGGAGGAAUCGGUGGAGCUCCACGGCGGGCUCACCGAGUUCCCCUUUGAACCCUGCCACUAAGGACUGACGCUGGACCCUCACACGCAAAUCUGUAGCAUCAUCUGUGUCAGAAAUGGCAAAUAGGAUUUCGUCGUGGAUCAAAGAUGAGGGAAUAAUUUAUUUCACUGCUUGCAGAACUUUAAUAACUCAAGGUCAGCCAUGGGCAACAGGCAGAGUGAGGAGUCAUUUUGCUGUUUCUAUAUAUAUAUAUAUUUAUAUAUAUAUAUAUAUAUCCUGUAUAUAUAUAUAUUCUUUUUUUGCCAUUCCUGUCCGAUCUUUCUGCCUUCUCAACCCACACCC